AUGGGUAAUUUAUGUAAAAAAGAACAGAAUCCAAAUAAUUCUAAUAGAUCAUCAAUUUACUAUGAGCCAAGAAAAGGAAUCUGUAUAAAAGAGAACUUAAUUGAAAGAUAUUUAUUUGAUCGACAUUAAACUCUCUUAGUACCAAGUUUAAGUAGAUUGAUAAUAAAAGAGGAACUUGGUUAAGAGACAGGUACUCCUAAACCAGAUGAAAGUUUUAUAAAAGGUAGUCAUUUUACAUCUUGUACAUCUAAUAUAAGAGAAAGUUCUAUAAGUAAUAACUUAAUCUAAUUGAUAAAUGUAAAUUCUCAAGGAUAUCUACACUCUCAUAGAAUUCGAUAUCCAAAUUCUCGUUUGAAUGAAGUUAUUUGUUGUUAAGAUUGUGGAAAUGAUUAUGACAAUUGGUCAGUUGAAAAUAUUGAUGAAAAUUUAGUUAAAGUACUCAUUUAGCUUUUAAAAUGAUAGAUAUAUCAUCCUCUAACUAAAUGUUACUUAAAGGCUCAAUAAAAGAGUAGCAAUGGUUAAAUCUAUGUAGGAGGAAGUGAACAUGGGGAUAUUUGGUAGAUUGAUAAAAUCAAUGAUAAAAUAAGUAAACCUUACUAUUCUUAUUAUUGUUAGAAAUUAGACACUUAGAUACAGGUUAUUGUUUAUAAACUAAUGUUGAUUAGUAUAAACUUGAAGGCUAAUUCAAAGUUUCUUUACUAAGUAUUGAUUCUGGUCAGCCUGAUGAUACUUGUACUCUUUGGAAAGCAAUUGAAAUUUAAUGA